AUCGAAUAAUUUAGUUCUUCUAUUAAUUUAUUUAAAUAAAAAAACCAAUAAAACAUGUGGACUAAAAGUUAGAGUAAAAGAGACAGUACAUUUAAACAAGACAACACAACAGAAAAAAAUCAUUAGAAUAUACUUUUUGGAUCAAUUUUCUCCAUGCUUUUUCCUCUUAUAAUUCUCUCACUAGGGUUUCAAGUUUCAACUUGAAUAUAUAAGUAAUUACGUAUCCAACUUUCUCUUGUUUUUCACAAAUUUGCUUAUGAGUUAGCCCUCAUCAUCUUCUCCAACAGAGGAAAACUCUAGUUUUGCAGCAGCUCUAGGAAAAAAGACUCCAUGCAGCAACACCAUCGCCUCGCGAGUGGAAACACGCAGCUGGCAACACGUAUCUGGCGUGCUGCUUAGGAUGUCGACACGUGUUAACACGCCGAUUGCGUGCUUCUCAGGAUGGCGACACGUUUAAACAUGUAGUUUGCGUGCUUCUGAGGAUGGCGACACGUAACUGGCGUGCUUUACACAAGAACAACACUUUUUUAUAUAGAAAACAUCAAGACUCUAAUAUCACUUGUUGGAUCACUCUGGGAAGCUUUCGACCACCGAAUCGGCUCUGAUACUACUUAUUGGAACACCGUGUGGAGUUUUUUACCACCGAAUCGACUCUGAUACUACUUUUUGGGUUCUGAUACCACUUGUUGAGCCACCGUGCAGAGAUUUCAACCACCGAAUCGGCUCUAAUAUCACUUGUUAGGCCACCGAAUCUCUAUUUCUAACAAUAAUUGCUUGAAUAUAGGAUACCACUUAGUGGUUUGAAGCAAGCUUCUGAUCGACAAAUAAGCCCUCCAUAUCUAAUGCCUAUGAGCCGUGUGGUGAAGCCGGUGGUGGUGAUGGUGAUUGUGCAGAUAGCAAAUGCAUGGAUGAAUGUUCUCUACAAGCUUGCUGUCAACGAUGGCAUGAGCCUCAGAGUAGCUGUUGCCUACCGCUAUAUCUUCGCUACUGCUUUCAUUGCUCCUCUUGCUUAUAUUCUCGAGAGGAAGACAAGGACAAAGAUGACUUGGACCAUUCUCUUUCAGUCAUUCUUGUGCGGUUUAUUUGGGGGAGCAUUGGCUCAGAACUUACAAAUGGAAGCGCUUGCUUUAACUUCUGUAACAUUUGCAACCGCCAUAUCCAACCUGAUUCCGGCCAUCACCUUCAUCUUGUCCCUCUUCUUUGGAAUGGAGAAAUUGAAUAUGAGAAAAGCAGCAGGAAAGGCAAAGAUAAUAGGAACAAUGACUGGAAUUGGCGGAGCAAUGUUGAUGACAUUCUAUAAAGGCGUGGAAGUUAAGAUGCUAUCCUUUCACAUUAACCUCUUCAAUCAGCGAAAUGGCGGCGGCUCGUCACAUGGUGGCGGAGGGUUAUUCUUGGUGGGUGCUGUGUCGUCGUUCUUCUUCAACGCGUCUUAUGCAUUGUGGCUGAUCAUUCAGGCGAAGAUGAGUAGCGCAUAUCCGUAUCCCUAUUCAAGCACUGCACUCAUGUGUUUAAUGGCCGCACUUCUAUCUGUUAUCUUCACAUUUUGUGUUGAGAGGGAUUUGAGUCAAUGGAAGUUGGGUUGGAAUGUCAGGCUAUUCACUGUAGCUUACGCUGGUAUAGUGGUUUCGGGAGUGAUGGUGGCUGUGACAUCGUGGUGCUUACGCAUGAAAGGUCCAUUGUUUGUCUCUGUUUUUAGUCCUCUCAUGCUAGUGGUUGUUGCUUUUGCUGGAUCCACCAUUCUUGAUGAGAAGCUAUAUCUUGGAAGCAUAAUUGGAUCGUUGUUGAUUGUGUGCGGCUUAUACCUGGUUCUGUGGGGUAAAAGCAAAGAGAUGGUGAAAAAUGAAUUAGUGCCAAUGUGCCAUCAAUAGUUGUCAAGCUUCCAGUACAUGGCGUUCAUGGGGAUGAUCAAGAUUCAUUCAAAAACCACAAUAGGGAAAAAGGAGGAGAACAACAUGAAAUAACUAAUUAAUGGACUCUUAAUUAUGUGUCUCACAUAGCACCCCCCAAAUUAAGGCAUUAAUGGACUCUUAAUUAUGUGUCUCACAUAGAUGCAUACAUAGUAUUAUAGUAGGAGCCCUUAUCUAUAUCUUGCUUUAUUAUAAGAGAUCCACUUAGAUAAAGACACGCUUAAAACGUCUUUUUCUUUUAAAGAUGUUUUUUAAUAAUUAAAAUUUAGUAUAUAUAAUCGAUCAAACUGUGAUAUUUUUAUCAAAUUAGAGCAGACAAAUUAAUUUGAUAAA